AUGGCGCUGAGAUUCAACACUGACGGACUCGGGAUUACUUACAUUGGCCUCGUCAUAGCAUGGACAUGUCUCUUGCUCCCAGCCGCCAUCUUUCUCAUUCGCAACCGACACCUCCCGUACCUGCGCAUUCGGAACAUUCCUCUGGCAGUCAGCGCCGUUGCAACUCUCCAUGUGUACUGGGUUUUGUGUAUGAUCGCCUACGUCCUCAAUGGAUUCUUCCCCUGUGCCACUGAAUAUUGGAUCAUGAGCAUCUACUUGCCAUUGGGGAUUGCCCUCUUCCAAGCGACUAAUUCGCAAUUGCUCUCUGUUGCAACGGCGCAGAAAAGAUAUGCGCAAGGAGAUGUCCUGAACGAAUCCAAGUCGACUACAAACCAGAAGACUCCUCUGUGGCGCAAGUGGUGGCAGAGACUCAAGACAUACAAUGCCACAAAGAACACCAUGGCAUGGAUCGGAAUUGGCAUGAGUGUCCAAGUUGUCUUCACUCUCAUCAUCUUUCUUGUUUCCCCGAAGCUUCAUGCCGGGUCUGGUGGCCCGGAUGGUGAGAACAUUAGAGCACGCUGCCGACGUGGAUGGGAAUGGUGGCCGUCUAUUGCCUGGCAAAUGUUCUGGUCUUGGAUGUAUGCCCCGAUACUCCUCUGGAGGGUUCGCAAUAUCCAUGACGUUCACGGAUGGCGGACACAAACCAUCGCCUGCAUUGUUGCUGGGUUACCCGCUUCACCUAUGUGGUUAGUUGCACUAUAUGCUCCACCAUUACAAACGACUACGGACAGGUACUUUGUCCCUCCUCUAUGGUUUUCUCCCUCUAUUGUCAUCAUGCAAGCCUCAGUUAUCUUUGUUCCCUUCUUCCAGAUAUUCAAGCACAGAAAACUUGAGACUGAAACACGCGAAAUCAUUGCCGAGUGGGAGGAAAAGCAGAAAUUCGACGGUUCAUCUGAUGCAGGAUCCAGGACGGCUGCAGUUCGAUCACGGACUUCUACGCGCCAGUCUGUCAAGAGCACAACAAGCGCACGCCAAGGAGAGAUGUACACCAUGAGCGCCCUCGAGACCACUUUGAAGUUGAAUCCUACUCCUCUCCUGAUGUUCUCGGCGUUGAAGGACUUUUCGGGAGAGAACAUCAGCUUUCUAAUUCACGUGCGAGACUGGAAGGCCAACUGGCUUACUGCAGCUCCCAGGUCCGGGGUGUUACGCAAGCAAGGACCUACCAGAAUCCAACACCCGGACGUGGUUCGACGACAGUUUCAACAAGCUGUUGGAAUUUAUGCUUCCUUCGUGAGCUUGAAAUAUUCGGAGUUUCCGAUAAACAUCUCUUCAGCUCAUCUCAGAGACCUCGAGGCCGUCUUUGAGCAAUAUGCCGCCCUUGUCUGCGCAGAGCCAACAUCCAACGCCGCUACCCCUUUUGAAAACUAUUGGUCAUCCACGGUCUCAGAGGAUCUGGAGAGCCAAAUGGGCAAAGACCAACUGUCAGUCGUGUCGACAGUCAUAGGAGCAGGUGGAAGGGACGAGCUGAAACGUGACACUAGUGAAUCACUUCAGUUGCAACAGUUAAAGAUGACCAAUUUCGGCGAGAGACUGCCCGCUAACAUUGGCAUUCCCGACGCUUUCGAUGAGACUGUUUUCGACAAGGCUGAGCUCAGCAUCAAAGAAUUGGUCCUGACCAACACAUGGGCCAAGUUUGUCAAGGCCGGAUUCGCCCAGAAUAGUGUCAAGUCGAGCUUUGCUGCUCGCCUUGAGGCCGCAGUGGACGCUUGUCGACUUCGAUUUCCAAGCCGAUCUCCAAACCUUGCUGGCAAGGAAAGGAAGUGA